AUGUCUGAUUCCGAUGACGAGGAGGAGGUGACCGCGGAACCGGUAGCCAAGAAACGGAAGACGGGGGAUAAUAAAAAUGCUCAGGGACCGGAGGAGUUGGAUUCCGGGGACGAGGCGACGAUUCAGAAGGCCAAGGCGAAGAAGGAUAAGAAGAGGAAGGGUGAUGAGGACGAGGAUGAGGAGGGGGGAACGGGGGGGUUUGUGCGGACACGCGCGAUGAAAAUGAGGAUAGGGGAAGAGCGCAAACCGCUUGCGAAGAUCGAUGGCGCUACGGUCGAUGUGGAAGCGUUAUGGGCGAAGAUGAAUGCUUCUGAUUCGGGAAUCGGGGGUUCGUUGUCCCAGGGUGAGAAGAAGGAUGAUGCUACGUCUGCGGAUGGACAGAAGGAUGGAGAGACGCGCGCGGAUAAUAAUGGAACAACGACAUCGGCACAAAAACCCCAGACAAACUACACCGAGGAGAUGAUCAAGAUCAAACGGACAUACAAAUUUGCAGGGGAGAUGAUAACGGAGGAGAAGCUCGUGCCGAAGGAUUCAGCGGAAGCGAAGCUUUUCUUAGCGGGCGAAAAGGAAGCAGAGACCGUCUCUGCUUCCGAUAUGGAUCAUAACAAAGAACCCAUCAAACUGCUGCGUCGACCGCUUCGACGACCCUCUCGAUUCGAUCCGAAUCCGACCGGCGCGAUCAAGAAAAGCUGGGAGAAGAUGCCCGCUACGGAGACAGCCGGACAGGAGAACGCCCGGGGACCGAAGAUCAACACGGUCGAGAAAUCUCGUCUGGAUUGGGCGGCGUAUGUGGAUCAAGCGGGUAUCAAGGACGAGCUCAACCUGCACAGCAAAGCCAAGGAAGGAUUUCUGGGUCGGAUGGAUUUCUUGGAUCGCGUCGGGGCCAAUAUCGAAGAGGAAAGGAGAAAUGCUCGUUUGAAGGGACUUUGA